AUGUCCGACACCAAGAAAACAGUCCUGAUAACAGGCUGUUCAGCAGGAGGUAUAGGCGCCGCUCUCGCAACCACCUUCGCAGCUCAAAACCACACCGUCUACGCCACCCUCCGAAACCCUUCUCUGGCACCCAACUUCAAUUCUCCAAACAUCCACAUCUUGACAUUCGAUGUUACCUCUCCUUCCUCAAUAAGCUCUUGCAUUGACGACUUGAAAGCAAGAGGAGUGAGAAGACUGGAUGUGCUGGUCAAUAAUGCAGGAGCGGAUUUUGUGAUGCCAUUAUUAGAUGUCGAUGUGGAAAAGGCGAAACAACUCUAUGAAGUCAAUGUCUGGGGUAUCUUGAGAGUUACACAGGCCUGCAAGAGUCUACUCAUAGAAGCAGGAGGUGUAGUCUGUAACAUCUGUUCUGUAUCUGGAAAGAUGAAUUUACCAUGGAGUGGCGUUUAUAGCAGUUCAAAAGCUGCUGCUGCCAUGAUGUCGGAGACUUUGAGAGUGGAGAUGAAGCCUUUGGGUGUCAGAGUUCUUACACACAUGGUUGGAGCUGUGGAGACAGCAAUUCAUGUCAAAGCAGGUGAAUUGCGUCUGCCAGAGGACUCGUACUACACGAACAUCUACUCGAUCAUAAGCGCACAACUCAAGGGAGAAUUGAAACCAGGAAGCCAGCCCGUCAAUGUCACGGCACAAAAGAUUGUCACCGAUUGUCUCGGUACUGGUAGCGGUAUGAUCUGGAGGGGCGGCAUGGCGAGUAUCUGUUACUGGGCGACUUGGCUGAUGCCAGCAUGGGUACUUGAUCAAAUGAUGGCCAACGGAAGAGGUUUGGACAAAAUUAAGUCAGGGGGAAAGAAAAUUCGUUCUUCGUGA